AUGACAGCUCAUACGAAGAAGGCUCUUGGGGUGUCCAGCCCGUCCAGCGUCAAUAAGUCGGUGCCCAUCGGACAGGUCAAGACCACCGCCGCUGUUCGAUCUGCUGUCCCUGCCCGGCCUGCUCCCACUGCUGCGCGAGUCCCAGCCGCCUCCCCAGUCAUGCCAAAGACUGCGACUUCCCAGCCCAAGACAAAGCCUGCUGUUUCUGCUGCUCCAGUCAAGGCCUCUCCUCAACCUCCUGCCGUUACUCAAACCCAGAGUCCCACGCCCCGAAAGAAGAAGUACGCCCCUGAAGCUCACAUCCCAACCUCAAACUUCACCAAACAGCUCUCCAACACCGUUGGAGGUGUGGCUCAGGGUGUAGGGAGAACCGUCGGCGGCGUGGGUCAAGGCGUGGGGAGAACUGUCGGGGGAGUCACGCAAGGAGUUGGGCAGACAGCGUCCGGCCUGACCACUGAUGCACUUGACACCCUGAACCGCACUACCAACUCGCUCGGUCGGGGUGAUCUCUAUGGCACUGUCGGGGGAGUUGCAGGCGGUGUCGGGAAUACUGUCGGGAACACUACCAAGAACCUUGGUGGUGCUGUCGGAGGAGUUACGAGAGGGUUGGGGGAUACUGUCAAUCAGACUACGGACGGGCUAGGGAAUGCGAUCGGGGGACCUGUUGGUGGGUUGACGAAAGGGGUUGGGGGUGCUGUUGGGGGGGUUACGAGGGGGGUGGGGGAUACGGUUGGGGGUGUUACGAGGGGAUUGGGCAAUACAGUUGGGAAUACUACUGGUGCUUUGGGGAGAGGAGACUUGGGAGGUGUGGUUGGGGGUUUGGUUGGUGGGUUGGGGGAGACAGUUGGGGAGGUUGGAAAGGGGGUGGGAGGGAUUUUGAGUCCAGUAUUGGGGGGUGUUCUGGGGGGUGGGAAGUAG